CCUACCUUCGCCAUUGCGACUUGGAUGGAUACUGUGCAUUAUUUCUGGAGCAGUGCGGUGGCUGCAGCCGACACCAUUUCCGCGCCGUGGACUCCCACGAGUUCCGGGCCGCCGCCCGAUGCGAACGGCUCCGGCUCGGAUACCAAGAACCUCGACGUUGGCGAAAUUAGCGAUGACGAGAAGGACCUGUCGGCGGCGGACGCGGAGGGUGUAUGGUCGCCGGAUAUCGAGCAGAGCUUCCAGGAAGCUCUCACUAUAUAUCCGCCAUGCGGCCGACGCAAAAUCAUCCUGUCCGACGAAGGGAAGAUGUACGGUCGCAACGAGCUGAUUGCCCGUUACAUCAAAUUGAGAACGGGCAAGACGAGAACGCGAAAGCAGGUCUCUUCGCACAUACAAGUGCUUGCUAGGCGAAAACUUCGCGAAAUCCAAGCGAAACUCAAAGUGGAUCAUGCCGCCAAGGAGAAGGCGCUCCAGACAAUGUCGAGCAUGUCGAGCGCCCAGAUAGUAUCAGCUGGGAGUGCGAUACACAACAAGAUGCCCCCCGCCCUCGUGGGGCCCCUUGCCCUUCAUGCUUCCACCCCUGUCUCCUAUCCCGGAGCGCAAUUCUGGCAGCCGGGUUUGCAGCCAGGAACGUCCCAGGAUGUCAAGCCGUUUUCGCAGCCGGCAUACACCGGAAAACCAGCGACAGCGGUUUCGAGCGGUGACAUGGUCCAGGCUCAGCCACCCCCACCCUGGGAAGGACGUGCCAUCGCAACCCACAAGCUCAGGCUUGUCGAGUUCUCGGCCUACAUGCAGCAACAGAGAGACCAGGAUAUUUACCAGAAACACCUGUUCGUCCACAUAGAAGGAUCCACGACAUACGCGGAUCCAUUGCUAGAGGCUGUUGAUGUCAGGCAGAUAUACGACAAAUUUCCAGAGAAAAAGGGUGGCCUGAAGGAACUUUACGACAAGGGACCACAGGCGGCCUUCUUCCUUGUUAAAUUCUGGGCUGAUCUCAAUACGAACAUCCAGGACGAAGCUGGAGCCUUUUACGGUGUAACAAGCCAAUACGAGAGCAACGAGAACAUGACGAUAACGUGUUCGACCAAAGUCUGCUCUUUCGGAAAACAGGUGGUGGAAAAAGUGGAGACGGAAUACGCUAGGUUCGAAAAUGGCAGGUUCGUCUAUCGUAUUAGCCGUUCACCCAUGUGCGAGUACAUGAUCAACUUCAUACACAAAUUGAAGCACCUGCCGGAAAAGUACAUGAUGAACAGCGUUCUCGAGAAUUUCACCAUUCUCCAGGUUGUUACGAACAGGGAUACGCAGGAAACGUUACUGUGCACAGCAUAUGUGUUCGAGGUGUCGACGUCCGAACACGGUGCACAGCAUCACAUAUACAGAUUGAUCAAGGACUAGCCUGCUUGAACCUGCUCGCCAUGCAGCCAUCCACCCCCAUCAGUGCCUACCAUCAUAUUAAAAAAAAUCAUCCAUACGCGCAUAUACACGAUUACACACAAAAAUGUUAACCCUUUGAAGCGUCGUGGUUAUUUUGCACAACCAUA